CUUUUGAUACCGAAUUUCUGGUCUUGAGACCCAAUCAUUUUGUAUGCACACAACGACUAGCUGCAGAACGGCCCCGACCUUAAAAGAAAUCAACUGACUUUUUUGGAAUAAAACCGAGGAAAAGUAAUUCGAAACAAUGCCCGCUCGUAAGCGUGCUGCGUCGCCGGCCGCUGAGGAUGAGCCCCGGCGGCGGUCUCGGCGCGUCUCGAGCACUCCCAAGAAGAGCAUGUAUUUUGAGGGUGACGACGAUGACGAUGACUUUGAUGGAGAUACAAAGGUUGAGAGUGAGAGUGAAGAGGUGCAGAGCGAAGGUGAUGAUGAGGAAGAGGAGGAGCAACCAAAAAAACGUGGACGUGGACGGCCAAAGGGUUCAGUCGCUAAACCUAAAGCUAAGCCACAGCCCGCGCCCAGCAAAUCAAAAGCAGUGAAGAAGCAUAAGAUUGAGAAGGUUGAGGAUGAGUAUCAGGACGACGAACCUGAGGAAGAUGAGAACGAAGAGGAAGACGACGAGGAAGAUUACGAGAGUAGGGUCACUAUCAUUCCGCAUGAGAAGCUUCGAGGGCUCGAUGGGCAGGACUACUCCGACGACACCGUUCACAAGAAUACUUUGCUGUUCUUGAAAGACCUCAAAGCUCACAACCAGAGAUCUUGGCUCAAGAGCCACGACGGCGAGUAUAGACGCUCCCUUAAAGACUGGAACACCUUUGUCGAGACUAUCACGCCAAAGAUCACCGAAGUGGAUUUCACCAUCCCAGAAUUACCGGCCAAGGACCUCGUCUUUCGCAUCCACCGCGAUAUUCGCUUCAGCAAGGACCCGACUCCUUACAAGGCUCACUUCUCUGCGGCAUGGUCUAGAACGGGUAAGAAGGGACCUUAUGCCUGUUAUUACAUCCAUCUUCAGCCAGGCUCUUGCUUCGUGGGCGGUGGAUUGUGGUGUCCCGAGGCGUCGCAUUUGCAGAAGCUGAGGGAGAGUAUUGAUGAGCGGCCGCGUCGGUGGCGUAGGGUCUUGAAUGAUGAAAGGUUCAAGAAGACUUUCUUGCCAAAGUCGUUGCAGAAGGGGGGCGAGGAAGCGGCGCUGAAGGGUUUUGCCGAAACGAAUAAGGGGAAUGCGCUAAAGACCAAGCCCAAGGGCUACUUGGUCGAUCACCGCGACAUCGAGCUAUUGAAGUUGCGCAACUUCACCAUUAGCAAGAAGGUCGAUGACAAGGUGUUUACCGAGGACGAUGCCCAAGAGCAGAUUUGUGAGAUCAUUGCCGCGAUGCACCCAUUCAUCACCUUCUUGAACAGCAUUGUCAUGCCGGACUUCAAUGCAGACGACGACGAUGAUGAUAGCGACGAAGAUGAAGAGGGCGAGAAUGGCGACGCGAAUGACGAUGCUCAAGAAAACGGCGAUGCAGAGGAGACAGGGGACGAAGAUGAGGAAGGAGGCAAGGACUGGAGCACGCACAAGUUCUGAUACUCGGUUGGGAAGGAACACCCUCUCUCCCGUCUGGCACACAAUGCCUACUCGAAGGAUAUGGCUAUUUUUCAAGCUGGCGCGAAGCCAUUGAUUGGAAGCAAAGAAAGCCCAAUGGGAACGAGUUCUAGCUGUGUGAUGAGCGAUGAUGGCAUUUCGUGUUGAUAGUUUAGCACGUGCGUAAGUGCUUGUAGGAUAUGGAACUGGCACAGGGCACUCCCGUGUGGCCUUUGCUGGCGUCGAAUAC